CAAUAUUUUACAGUAGUUUACAGUAGUGUUGUAUAACUAAUAACUAAAGUAUACAAUAGUAGUACAAAAUGUGCAGUAUUUUAGUGUAUUGUUAAUGCAUUGUAUGACUGACUCAAUGAAUGACUUGCAUUAAUGUAUUGAAUGAUUCAAAUGAUUAUUGAAUUGUCAUAAAACUGAUAACUUAUUGACUGAUUGUUUGGACACUUAAUAGCAAUGGACACAAAUCCUCAAUCCAAAGAUGAAUUGAUAUCUAACUUUUGUGGCAUAACUGGUGUUGAGGCUUCAAGAGGAGAGUUUUACUUAGAGUCGGCUAAUUGGGAUCUAUCGUUGGCCAUUCAAUCUUUUUACGAAACGGCCACUGAAGACAUAGCGAUUCCAACUAAUGCACCCAAUCCUCAAACCAGUGAAGAACAAAAAAGAGCGCAUGAAUUGCAACAAAUGUUUAGCAAUAAACCAAUUCAUAACACAAGUGAUAACUCGAGUGAUGAUGAGAUGCCAUUGCAAGCCAUGACGUCAAAAGAUAGCGCAAAGUCAUCAAAGAAUACACAAAAAUCUCACUUAUCUUCAAAUAUUGCAACUCUGGGUUCUUUGAAACCGAAAUCAGAUUCCGGUGAAGGAGAAAGUGAUGAAGAAGGACAGGCCUUCUAUGCCGGUGGUUCUGAACACAGCGGUCAACAAGUUUUAGGACCAAAAAAGAAAAAUACAGACAAAUUAGUUCAAAAUAUGUUUCAGUCGGCUAAAGAACACGGCGCUGAAGUUAUUGAUCCCAAUGAAGAGGUGAGCGCACAAAGACGUAUAAAUUCAUUUGGUGGUCAUGGGUUUAAACUCGGAUCUACUUCAGAACAGCCAUCAGCUGUUUCAUCUCAAUUUGCAGUUCACAAUCAAAAGCAAAAUCGAGAUAUGAUUUUAAAGUUUUGGAGAAAUGGUUUUAGUAUUGAUGACGGACCUCUUCGCGAGUAUAAUGAUCCACAAAAUCAAGAGUUUCUAAAUUCAAUAAAAAAGGGCGAAAUUCCCAGAGAAUUGAUUCAACAGUCCGGCGGACAGGAAGUUCAUCUCAAUCUUGAAGAUCAUAAACACGAAGAUUUUAUACCUCCGAAAAAGUCAAUGAAACUAUUUGCAGGCGAAGGACAUCGAUUGGGAUCACCAGCCGCUGAUGUUGUGAUCACUCAGACAUUACAAUCUAAUUUUGAUCCCAAAGUUACCGAAGCUGAAGCUGUAAAGCAACUAAAAGUAGAUGAAACUAAACCGACAACUAGUAUUCAAAUACGAUUGACUGACGGAUCCCGUUUGGUAGUCAAACUGAAUAUAACGCAUACUAUUGCUGAUAUCAGACAUUUUAUUUGUACCUCUCGUCCCAUAUAUUCGGCCCAAAGCUUUGGUUUAAUGACAACAUUUCCUAACAAAGAACUGACUGACGAAACGUUAUCUAUAAAAGAUGCAAAUCUGUUGAAUGCAUCAAUUGUUCAAAGAAUUAAAUGAAUGACAAAUAACUUUUGAUAUAAUAAUUAUAUCAAUCGAUUACAUAAUUUGUUUUUUUAAAUAAUAGAAUAUUUUGUGAUGUUUAUGAUAUGCCGUAUAUUUAAAAAUUGUUUUAUAAAUAUUUUUAUUAUAAUCUUAUGUAUCGAAAUUAUUUGUGAAAC